AUUAUUUGUUUUGACAUCACCAAAUUUUGGAUCAUGCUCCACUAUGGAUAAGAGCAAUAAACAGUCAGCAACUUUGACUUUCAUCCUCACCCUCCACGUGUCACCAACUUUUAAUAAAAAAACUCAUCAACGGCCCACAUCUUUUCACUCUGAAAACCAGCCUCAGUACCAUAACAUUUCCCGUCUGUGUGCGCGCCACUACUACAAAACAAACUGCUGUAACUCUCCGUUAUCACAUCGUCGUGAUAUUUAGAGAGAGAAAGAGAGAGCACAAGAGCUACUUUUAGAGAGAGAGAGAGAGAGAGAGCGCAAGAGAUACAUCUAGAGUGAGAAAAUAACUGCUGCAAGUCUCCGUUAUCCUAGAGAGAGAAAGCAACAGAUAUUUCUAGAGAGAGAGUGAGAGCAAGCACUUUUCUAGAGAGAGAGAGAGUAAGAGCUAUUUCUAGAGAGAGAGAAAGCAGUAGAUACCUAUAGAGAGAGAGAGAAAGUAAGAGAUAGUUCUAGAGAGAGAGAACGAUGAGUGAAGAAGGAAGUCCGAGGAGUCCAGAGGCGAAGCUAGGGAAGGAGGUGGAGGAUCUGUGGGACGUACAAGAGGCACAGCUCACACCCACCGAGAAGCUAAAUGCGUGUUUCGAGAGUAUUCCGGUUUCUGAAUUUCCUCAUGCUUCGCCUUCACAAGUAAUUGAGAUAAGAUCAGACGCAAGUCUGGGCGAAGCUGUCCGACUGCUGUCCCAAAAUAAAGUUCUUAGUGCACCUGUUGUGGAUGUUGAUGCACCAGAAGACGCUAGUUGGAUUGACAGAUAUCUUGGGAUGGUUGAGUUUGCAGGCAUUGUUGUUUGGAUUCUGCAUCAGUCUGAAAAGAAUAAUGGGUCCGAUGCAUGUGAUGCGUUUCAAAGUGCGAUAGAGGACUCUAUGGGACCCGCAGUUGUUGCGGCAGCUAGUGGGAUGGCUUCUCCAAGAUAUAGAAGCUCACAGCCUGGUUCUCCAAAGACUGCUGGAAACUUUUUUGAGAUAUUAACUUCCUCUGAUUUCUAUAAAAACACAAAGGUUAAGGACAUCUCAGGAUCAUUUCGAUGGGCCCCAUUUCUUGCAUUGCAGACAUCAAACUCAUUUCUGACCAUGCUUUUACUACUCUCAAAGUACAGAAUGAAGAGUGUACCGGUAGUCGAUCUUGGGGGCCAAAAGAUAGACAACAUCAUUACACAAUCUGCUGUGAUACACAUGUUGGGAGAAUGUUCUGAUCUCCAAUGGUUCCGAAGCUUGGGUUCCAAGAAACUAUGCGAGCUUGGUCUUCCCCUGAUGAACACCAAUCAAGUUAUUAAGGUAGACGAGGAUGAACCGGUGCUGCAAGCGUUUAGGCUAAUGAGGGAGAAGGGGGUCGGUGGAUUACCAGUGGUCAGUGGCGGAAAUAAGCCAGUUGCUAACAUAAGCAUUAGAGACAGUCAGUUCCUCUUAAUUGCCCCUGAAAUCUACAAAGAUUACAGAUCCAUCACAGCCAAGAACUUCGUGACGUCGGUGAAAAGGUAUCUAGAGAAUAACCAGAAGGCAUCACCUUUAGUAAGUGGCAUGAUUACUUGUAGAAAAGACGACACGCUUAAAGACGUGAUCACGAAGCUUGAUUCCGAGGAGAUUCAUAGGAUAUACGUAGUGGACGACGAAGGCAAUCUUGAAGGCGUGAUAACGCUUAGAGAUAUAAUAUCAAGGAUUGUACACGAGCCUCGUGGAUACUUUGGUGACUUCUUUGAUGGUGUGUUGCCAUUACCUGCCAACAGUCGGGUUUGACUCGAGUAUUUACCUCCCGCUUAACUUCUCGGUUUUGCUUUUUUCUAACAUGAGACUGUUUUUGAGUUUGUUUUGUAUAUAUCUGAAUAAGUUGUAUCUGGUUGCAACUAUAAAACGGUAUGCAGAUAGGCAGGUCUAGUUUGUUUUCUACAUGUUUUGUUGUAAAACAAAUCAAAGUUUAUAAACAAGUUGCGAAUCAAAAUAUGCGUUUAAGUUC